CGAACGACAAAGCUCGACUCGGAAAAUGGAUAAAUUAAACAAAAGUCCACCGGAAAGGAAGCAAAUUAAGUUGGGCGAGAUUGACACAACGCCCAUUCUGUUGGCGCUGCUCGUGGGCUUCAUAAUUGUCGCGAUCUUUGUCAUUUUGCGCCGGCGCUCCUCUGGCAGACGUGACUUUUUACUGACCGGUCUCUGUGAGGCGGGCAAAAGUUCCAUAUUUAUGCAGUUGCUGCACGACAAAUUUCCCGAGACAUUUACAUCGAUCAAGGAGAAUGUUGGGGACUAUGUCUCGGGCCGACUCUCCGCUAGGCUGGUGGACAUUCCAGGACAUUAUCGUGUGCGGGACAAGUGCUUCGAUGUGUACAAAAGAAAGGCCAAGGGCCUUAUAUUUGUAGUGGACUCAGUGUCGGUGCAGAAGGAAAUUCGCGAUGUGGCCGACUCCCUAUACACUGUACUGACAGACAAUGCCACACAGCCCUGCUCCGUCCUGGUGUUGUGCAACAAGCAGGAUCAGACAACAGCUAAGAGCGCGCAGGUCAUCAAGAGCCUGCUAGAGAAGGAGCUAAACCUGGUACGGGACACACGUAGCCGCAAGCUGCAAUCUGUGGGUGAUGAUGAACUAAGCAAGCCCAUCGUUCUGGGCAAGCCGGGACGUGAUUUUGAAUUCUCGCAUCUUGCGCAAAAUGUGCAAUUCUAUGAAUGCUCGGCAAAGGACAAGGAUUUGGGCCAUUUGACCGACUGGCUCGAUAGAAUGCUGUAAUUGGAGAAAACACUGAAAGAAAUCAAAACAACAGACACAAACACCCACAAUGGGAGAAUCAUCUGAUCAGGGACUGAAAUGUAUCCUCAAAUAAAUCCAACAAACAACAUCGAUA